AUGGGCUGGUUAAGUCUACGAAGCCGACUCAACGGCUCUAGUCCACAUGUCACAAGCUUCAAACCCUCCACUGAACACGUUGAACAAAUCAAACACGCCGAACACUUCGAGCACGCUGAACACGUCGAAGAAAUUCACCUCGAAUAUCCAAUUCAGGACUCCUCUAUCCCCGACAGUGAUUUACCCUAUAUUCCGGCCGCGGUGGUCCGAGACCAAAAGUCAAGCCUCUUGCAAGGCCAGGGUCGUGUUUGGAUUGUUGUGGAUACUGUUAUCUAUGACUGUACCCAGUUCAUCGACGAGCAUCCAGGGGGAGAAACGGUCAUCCGGAGUUUUGUCGGGGAAGAUUGCUCCUGGCAAUUUUGGCGCUUUCAUGACAAGGCGAUUAUGGAACAGUGGGGGCGACCACUGCGUGUUGGUCGAACAGAAGGGAUCAGGAAUCGCUUCAAAGAGAUGCCGAAGUACUUUGGACCCUCAAGGAGCCGAUAA